AAGUGACGACAAAAAAUGUCUCCACGCAACUAUUACUGAUGUUAAACUACAAUUCCGUUUCGUCUGUCCAUUGACAGUUUAGGUAUUACUUUUGCCUCGCUAGCGUAUAACCGCUCUUGCAUUCGAAUUAGGGAAUCGGUUUACCCGCACAUACACUGAGAGUAAGCGCGUUUUGUGACGAGUCGCGGAUUGAUGACAUCAUCGGAGGCCGCCCGGGUGGUGCUGUUGCUGAUACUACCGGAGGCCUUCAUGGAGAUUCCACCCGAAUAAAAUAUUAAUCAGAGCGAUACACGUUUAGUGAAAUUAGUGGGAAACUACUAGUGGUCCUACUGGAGGACCCAGGACUCACCAAAGAGUCGGAAAGAAAGACAGAAAGGAAGGAAGUCAGACCUAGGAGGCGAAUUCAUACAAUGACAUCCAGGAGAUGGUUCCAUCCAAAUAUCACAGGUGUCGAGGCAGAGAAUCUUCUUCUGACCCGUGGAGUUGACGGGAGUUUCUUGGCCCGUCCAAGUAAGAGUAACCCAGGCGAUUUCACGCUCUCAGUGAGACGAAAUGGAGCAGUAACACACAUAAAGAUCCAGAACACUGGAGAUUUCUAUGACUUAUAUGGUGGGGAGAAGUUUGCUACUCUGGCUGAGCUGGUCCAGUAUUAUAUGGAACAUCAUGGGCAGCUUAAAGAAAAGAACGGUGAUGUAAUUGAGCUGAAAUACCCCCUGAACUGUGCAGAUCCUACAUCUGAGAGAUGGUUCCAUGGACAUCUUUCUGGAAAAGAGGCUGAAAAGUUGUUGACAGAAAAGGGUAAACAUGGAAGCUUUCUGGUUCGGGAGAGCCAGAGCCACCCUGGAGAUUUUGUUCUUUCUGUACGGACAGGAGAUGACAAAGGAGAGAGCAACGAUGGCAAGUCCAAAGUGACACAUGUCAUGAUCCGAUGCCAGGAUCUGAAAUAUGACGUCGGCGGCGGAGAGAAGUUUGAUUCAUUGACGGAUCUUGUGGAACAUUACAAGAAGAACCCUAUGGUGGAAACGCUAGGCACAGUAUUGCAGCUGAAGCAACCCCUAAAUACCACACGUAUUAAUGCAGCAGAAAUUGAAAGCCGAGUAAAGGAACUGAGCAAGCCGGCAGACACUGCAGAUAAGUUUAAACAAGGAUUCUGGGAGGAAUUUGAGACUUUGCAACAGCAGGAAUGCAAGCUGCUAUAUAGCCGCAAAGAGGGCCAGAGACCUGAAAACAAAAAUAAGAACCGCUAUAAGAAUAUCCUGCCCUUUGACCAUACAAGGGUUGUUCUUCACGACGGUGAUCCGAAUGAACAGGUCUCUGAUUACAUCAAUGCCAAUACUAUUAUGCCUGAAUUUGAGACAAAAUGUAACAACCUGAAACCCAAGAAACGGUAUAUUGCAACUCAGGGCUGCCUGCAAUAUACGGUGAACGACUUCUGGAGAAUGGUGUUUCAGGAAAACUCCAGAGUUAUCGUUAUGACUACUAAGGAAGUCGAAAGGGGAAAGAGUAAAUGUGUGAAAUACUGGCCGGAGGAGUUUGCAUUGAAGGAAUAUGGAGUCAUGCGUGUGAGAAAUGUAAAAGAAACGCCAGCUCACGACUAUAUAUUAAGAGAACUUAAACUUUCUAAAGUCGGACAGGGUAACACGGAAAGGACUGUAUGGCAGUAUCAUUUCAAAACUUGGCCUGAUCAUGGUGUUCCUACUGACCCUGGUGGUGUAUUAGACUUUUUAGAAGAAGUCCAUCACAAGCAGGACAGUAUUGCUGAUCCAGGGCCUGUUGUAGUCCACUGCAGUGCGGGAAUUGGACGAACAGGCACGUUUAUUGUGAUUGAUAUUCUUAUUGAUGUAAUCAGAGAAAAAGGUGUGGAUUGUGACAUUGAUGUCCCCAAAACAAUCCAGAUGGUAAGAUCUCAGCGUUCAGGAAUGGUUCAGACAGAAGCACAAUACAGAUUUAUAUACAUGGCAGUACAGCAUUACAUAGAAACUUUGCAGCGCAGAAUUGAAGAGGAGCAGAAAAGUAAGAGAAAAGGACAUGAGUACACAAAUAUCAAAUAUUCCCUGUCUGAGCAGGCAGCGGGGGACCAGAGUCCUCUCCCACCCUGUACUCCAACGCCAUUACCAACACCUACUCUUCCAGAAAUGAGGGAAGACUCUGGCAGAGUGUAUGAGAAUGUGGGGCUGAUGCAGGCAAAAAGCUUCAGAUGAAUUGAAACACUGAGCAUCAAUCAAAAGGCUGAUUUGAAAACGUAGAAAAGGCAAACGAAUGUGAAGAAAAGUAAUGGGAAUUGUGACACCUGAUAUUUAGAGGCUCUGCCCUUUUUAAAGAUAUUGUGUCCAACCCCUAAACUGCGAACAGAUCAAGAAUGAAGACCAUUUGGAAGUUCUUUGUCUCCUUUUUGCAUAGCCCAUUUUGGACUAGUUCAUUCUUCACUAUGAGGCAUUUUCAUCUCUACAAUGUAGACCCUUAUUUUAGUGAGCCCUUCAGACUGUUACUUCAACAGAUCUGUUCUCAUCUCUAGAGUGCUCCCUGUUCUAAAGGUAUUGUGAACACUCUGGGUACAUAUAGCUCAUUGGUAUGAUGGUGAAUGCACAGAUUACAAUGGGAACAAUUUUUCUCUCUCUGUCGCUUAGACUGUGCACAAGAACUUCACACUAUAACACUUUCUUUGUAACCAAAAUUCUUUUUCUUUCCAUUUGGUCAUUACUAACAUGGCGAUGUCUCUAAUAAGGAUAUCUCCACUCUUAGCGACUUUAGCAAAGCUAAUGGUGCUUGUUUUUCUUUCUGCCAUAAGAGAGUUUUUCUUACUUGAACCGGAAGCCAGGAAAGGCGUAUUAUGUGGACAGAAUAAUCAAGCUUAGUGCCAAUUGUAAAACGUUAAGGUAUCACUGGUGUCGAUCUGUUGAUGCCAUAUUGAUCUCAGCAUGUUGUACCCAAAAGUCAGGUGUAUGGAAACAGAAAGCAUUCAAGCGCACUUUACAAAUGUUCAGUAUUUAACCUAUUCUGCUCAUUGAGAGCUCACUAGUCAUUGCAUUCAUCCCUGACCCCGCGGAGGUUAGCAUCAGCUGAUGCCGCCUGAUUGAGUGUAAUGGAGGAGGACGCCUUACACCAACCACUACGUAUACAUGCGUUUCUUAAUAUACAGUAGCCAUUUCUAGACUUGUAUUCUUUGGAAGUAAAUGGUGUGUCUUGAAACAUAUGUUAUGUACCUGUUUCAUUACAGGGCUUUUAUUAA